GGAGGCUUCGGGGCGGGCCGUGCCGGGCCGGGCCUCACAUGACCGCGCUCAGCUGACUGCGGCGCCCGGGGUGCGGCGCGGCCCGGCCCGUGGUCACGAUGAUGAACGGGGCGCGGGACGAUGCGGCGGAGCCGGCGCCGGUGUGGGAGCGGCCCUGGUCGCUGGAGGAGAUCCGUAAGGGCAGCCAGAGCUGGUCCUUGGCCUCGGACGCCGGGCUGCUGCGUUUUCUGCAAGAGUUCUCCCAGCAAACCAUUUCCAGGACGCACGAGAUCAAGAAGCAAGUGGACGGGCUGAUCAGUGAAACAAAAGCCGCGGACUGCCGCCUCCACAAUGUCUUCAACGACUUUCUCAUGUUGUCCAACACGCAGUUCAUAGAGAACCGAGUAUAUGAUGAAGAAGUGGAAGAGCCGAUUCCCAAAGCUGAUGUUGGAGACAAAACAGAGCAGGAAAGGACACGUGAACAGAAAGAAGCUGAUCUGAUCCCCAAAAUCCAAGAAGCAGUGAAUUAUGGGUUGCAAGUACUAGACAGUGCUUUUGAACAGCUAGACAUCAAAGCAGGCAACUCUGACUCUGAAGAGGAAGAAAGUAAUGAAAGGGUGGAACUGAUACUUGAGCCAAAGGAUCUCUAUAUUGACAGGCCUUUACCUUACUUGAUUGGCUCUCAGCAGUUCAUGGAACAAGAUGAUGUUGGCCUUGGAGAUCUGACUAGUGAAGAAGGUUCGGUAGAUAGUGAUCGUGGAAGUGUGAUUGACAGCGAAGAAAAGGAUGAAGAGGAAUCAGAUGAUGAAUUUGGAAACCCUAGUGAAGAUGACCAAAAGACGAGGACAGCACAGAUGAGUGAUGAAGAAGAUUAUGAUGGUGGUGAUCUCUUUGACUCUGAAAAAGAGGAAGAUGAGGAUGGAGACAUAGAGAAAAAGAAAAGACCGACAUCGUUUGCUGAUGAGCUUGCAGCCCGAAUCAAAGGAGAAGUACUGGUCAAAGAGGAUGAAGACCGUUCGUCCCUGCCACCAGAGACCAAAACAAGGAAAACCCCAAAAGAGAAGAAGGAAGCUAGAGUUCCGUCGGAUGAUGAUGAUGAUGACAUCUUCAAGCCUCCUAAGCUGACCGAUGAAGACUUCACACCCUUUGGUUCUAGGGGUGGACUCUUCAGUGGUGGGACAGGUCUCUUUGAUGAUGAUGAUGAGAGUGAUCUUUUUGCUGAGGUACCACAAGGAGAAGAAUCAAAAGAGCAAGAGGAGCAAGUCCUGAUAAAUGAAGCAUCCUCUACAAAGUCCUUAAAGAAAGUUCCUGCAGGUGCAGUGUCUCUGUUCCCAGGAGGGAGUGAUGUCUUCAGUUCCCCUGUAAUUGUAGAAAAAAACAAGAAACCUGCAGCACGGAGCACAGAGAAAUCUCCUAAACAGCCUGGGAAAGUUGUUCUGUUUGAUGAUGAUGACGAUGACUUCUUUGGGGGAGCAAGUAAAAAGCCUCCGGAUCCAGUCAAGUCUACAGCUGACCUAUUUGAUGAUGAUGAUGAAGGUGACUUGUUCAAAGAAAAACCUGCCAUUCCUCCUGUGGCUGCCAGCACAACUAAAGAAACAGAAAGUCACAGGGAGACAGUCACAGCAAAAAAGAGUCAGCCGUCAUCAGGUGAUGACUUCAAGCCUUUAUCUGAAGCACCUCAAAGGAAACAGAGGGGCCUCUUCUCUGAUGAGGAGGAUUCUGAAGACUUGUUUUCAUCAAGUAAAACUGUGAAGUCGAAAGCUCCGUCUCUCCCCACCAGCAAGUCCAUGACAAAAACUCCACUCUCUUUGUUUGAUGAUGAUGAAGAGGAUCUCUUUGGUGUGGUACCUGCCAAGAAGCAACAGGAAAAGCCUCUGGAAGAGAAAGCAAAACAGUCAGAGCCACUCAAGAAAGCUUCCAGCUUACUGUUCAGCAGUGAUGAAGAGGAACCCUGGAAUGUCUCCAAGCCACCUAAGCUUCCUUCAGAAGACAACCGAAAAGAGGGACCUACAAAAUCAGCUAGCACCAUCAGUCAAGCUAAAGCUGUGAAGAAGACGAGCCUCUUUGAGGAAGAGGAUGAGGAGGAUUUAUUUGCAAUCACUAAAGAGAGCCAAAGAAAGCCACAGAAAGUAUCGCUGCUAUUUGAAGAUGAUGCUGUUAAUGGAGAAUCACUCUUCGGUUCCCAAUCAACACUACUUCCUUCAGCUGCAAAGGCCACAGCGGAGAAAGUAAAACCAGCACAAGCACCACCUUUGUUUGGUGACGAAGAAAAGGAGGAAAAGGGAGAUCUGCCAGAUAAGGCAAAGUCUAACCAGGUAGAAGAUACGUUGUGGUCUUUAGAAGAGCCUGGAGCAGUUCCAGUGCGUAGAGGAACAGAUGUUGCAGGGCAGCAUACAAAGGAAAAACCUUUUGCAGCAACGUCCUUGGAGCCAGACAGCAAUUCAGAUUUGUUUGCAACAUCACCACCAGCUCUGGAAAAAGAUGUCAAGACCCAAGCUAAGAAAGUGUUAAGCUUGUUUGAUGAGGAGGAAGAGGAGAGACUGGAAGAUGAUGGCACUAAAAAUGCACAGAAAGAAAUUGGUGUGCCUUCCAAGAAAAGCACUCGUCCCAAAAGCACUGGGGUCUUUCAAGAUGAAGAGCUUCUUUUCAGUCACAAACUUCAGAAGGACAAUGAUCCAGAUGUCGACCUCUUUGCCAGCCCCAAGAAGUCAGUGUCUGCAAACCGUAUCCUGAAACCAUCAUCUGGAGGUGGGCUUUUUGGGGAUGAUGAUGAUGAAGAUGAUCUCUUCAGUACUGCUAAAACAAACCCUCCGAAAAUAGUGGAGAAGAAAACAGUGAAAGCCAGUUCGAGCCCUCCCUUGGAAAAUGCUUUAAGUGCCAAACAAGAUGACGCUCUGAAGACAGUAACUACAGAGAAAUCUACAGGUCCUGUUCCCAUUAAAAUCAAAGAGCCCUCAUCUCGGAUUGGAAAGUUACAAGCUAACUUAGCUAUUAACCCUGCAGCCUUACUUCCUGGUGCAAUGCCUAAGGUCUCCAAUGUAAAGUCCCCCUUGCCAGUUUUGGACACCCCACUGAAUGAACCCGAUGAUGUACAGAACAGUGAAGCCUUCCCUGCUGCAGGAAACAAUGAGGAACUGGGUGUAAGCUUCGAUCAGCCUAUGCAAGCGGAUACCUUGCACAGUGCCAAUAAGACCAGGAUCAAGGUUACAGGAAAACGAAGACCUCCUAGCAGAAUGGCCCGCCGUCUAGCUGCACAACAGUCUGGUGAGAGUGAGGAGGUGGACAGUGCUAAAGAACUGCAAUUCUCGCUACCAAAACAGAGGUCACCAAUAGAGAAUGUAAAGGAGCCUAUUGUUACUGAAGGAGAGUCCAAGGAAAAUGGCUUUCUGUCUGGCUUGUCACUACCGGCUCAUGGCAGUGUUCUUUCUGCUGGGACAAACAAAAUCCUUCCUCCAGAAUCCACAGAUGAAGGAGAUGAUAUAUUUGAAUCAGAAGACCUUUUUGCAAGCAGCUCAGCAUCCAGAACAGCUGCACAGUCAAAGCUGAAGAAGGAAAUUCCAGACAGUGUGGCUAACGUACCCAUUAAGGGCAGAGAGAAAAAGCCUGAUCUGUCUGUUCUGGGUAAUCGGGACAGCAAUGAUCUCUUCCAGUCUGUACAGAAAAAAUCAUCAUCGAAAAGCAGCCCCAUACCUUUUUUGGAGGAGGAGGAAGAUUCUCUUUUCACCAGUCAGAAAACUGGAAAGAAGGAGUUGAGAUCUUCUGUCCGGCAAGCUGUUGACCCUACUGCACAACAAGACAUCUUUGAGGAUGAUAUAUUUGCUACUGAGGCAAUUAAACCAAUGACGAAAACAAAAGAGAAGAUGCCAGAGACUAACCUGUUUGAUGAUAACAUUGAUAUCUUUGCGGAUCUCACCAUAAAACCAAAAGAAAAGAACACCAAGAAAAAGGUGGAACAAAAAUCCAUAUUUGAUGAUGAUAUGGAUGAUAUCUUCUCUAGCAGCCAAACCAAGAUACCCACUCCCAAAAGUAGAUCUUCCCAGACAGCCUCGGAAGUGAAGUCUGAAAGCAAGGCACUGAACACAUUUGAUGACCCACUGAAUGCCUUUGGAGGCCAGUAGCCAAGGGGAAUAUGUUGCAGAGGGGAGGCCUUCCUUAUGCUCUGUCUAAUACACUGGAUUCCCUAAUCCAGUAGAGCUGAAAUGAGAUAGCUGUGGAUAUGUAAAUGACAGAUUACCCAUUAUAAAUAGUUACUAUGCUCUUGUACUGGGUUUAAUUACUCUUAAUGAUAUAUUAAAAAAAAGGACGGUAACCUCCUGCUAUUUUUUUCCAUGGUGGCCAGAUGAAUAUAGCCUGUGCAAUACCUGUGAUGAAGUAAUCUAUUAUACAAAGUAUAGUUUGUUUUAUUGAACAGAUCUAUAGAGAAAAUCAUUGAUAUUGUUAAAUAGUAAAUGGAGUCUGUUAAAUGAGAUCCGUCUGUACGUUUUGCUUUCUACUUUACCACUUGUGAAGGACAUCUGCACUGGGACUGGAAAAUAAUCCAAACCACUACUAUGCUUUGUGUGGGCCAGCUGUCAGUCUCCUGAGCUAAUGUUAGUGUAAGGUGGGAUUCUGUCUGUUAUUAAGUAUAGCUCUUUAUAUAUAAAUCCUGCACUUAGAGCAGGAAUUGAUACCAGGUAGAGACCAGUUAUUUCAUACCGGCAGCUAAUAUGGUCUAUAAAAAUAAAUGCUUAAAACUUCUCUGCUAUUGUGUAUUAC